AUGAAGCGCACAUCUAGCUUUAUAGAGAAGAUCAGGCAGAGUGUCAUCAUUUUCUCGAAACUGACGGACCCCAGCAGUCUGAAAGAUCCAGAGCAAAUUUUCCAGUCUCCAGUAAGCGUUCAUGAUACGAGUGUUGGUUGCACACUUGUCUAUGGUAGAAACCAGACUCUCCCAGAUAGCAAUCUUUGCGCGGAAUGUAUUAUACUUUUUCAUUUCUUCCUUGGGUACCUGGUUGGUGUUGAGAGGGAUAAGGGUUGGUCGGGAAGGAGACGGCUGGUAGUUAACGUGCGGAAGAACGCUGAAAGUCUCAUUUCCCCACUCAACGGUCUCGACAGACACAUAGGUAACGGAUCGGAGGCGGCUGAGCCAGCGGAGAGCGUGAACGGGGUAUCUCAGGCAGUCAGACAGCUUUCCGGUGAAGUUGUAGUCGAUCUGGAUUGA